UGGGCCGGGCAGCAGCCGGGCGGUGGCUCCGCGGCGCGGGCAGGGGGCGUCCGGGCGUCCGCGCCCUCGGGCGACGGCGUCGCCCCGGCUCCAGCGGCCGCCCCCGCCGCCCGCGCGCUCGGGCUCAGGUUUGGACUGCCUAAAAAAUCAUUUCAUGGUGACCAGCCCCACUUGCCAAGGUGACCCAAGACCACUCCUUCGCCCCUGCCUGCAGUGACUUUUGCCGGGAACGGAGGGGUGGGCACAGACAUCUGUCCAUGCCGCCCUUGGCAGGAUCCGAGGAACCCUGGCAGCCAUGCCCCCUCCUGCCCCAGCUGCCCCUCGCCCCCCGCGCUAACCUGACUGGUAUGGAUGCCCUAGGGACCCCCGAGGAUUGACCGGCUGACCUCACUUCGGACCUGCAACACCUCCCCCAACAUGUCGCUCGAGUGGCUGGUGGCCUGGAGUUGGUCACUGGACGGCCUGAGGGACUGCAUCGCCACCGGCAUCCAGUCGGUGCGGGACUGUGACACCACGGCCGCGGUCACCGUGGCCUGCCUGCUCGUCCUGUUCGUGUGGUACUGUUACCACGUGGGCAGGGAGCAGCCCCGGCCCUACGUCUCGGUCAACGCCCUGAUGCAGGGCCCCGACGCCCCGGGGCUGCAGAACGGGUUCGUGUACUGCCAGUCCCCCGAGUGCGUGCGCUGCAGCCACAGCGAGGGCCUCAACCAGAAGCUCUACCACAACCUGCAGGAGUACGCCAAGCGCUACUCCUGGUCCGGCAUGGGCCGCAUCCACAAGGGCAUCCGCGAGCAGGGUCGCUACCUCAACAGCCGGCCCUCCAUCCAGAAGCCCGAGGUCUUCUUCCUGCCCGACCUCCCCACCUCACCCUACUUCUCCCGGGACGCGCAGAAGCACGACGUGGAGCUGCUGGAGCGCAACUUCCAGACCAUCCUGUGCGAGUUCGAGACCCUGUACAAAGCGUUCUCAAACUGCAGCCUCCCGCAGGGCUGGAAAAUGAACAGCACCCCCAGCGGGGAGUGGGUCACCUUUUACUUGGUCAAUCAGGGGGUCUGCGUGCCCCGGAACUGCAGGAAGUGCCCACGGACGUACCGCUUGCUCGGAAGCCUUCGGACCUGUAUCGGGAACAAUGUUUUCGGGAACGCGUGCAUCUCCGUGCUGAGCCCCGGCACCGUGAUCACCGAGCACUACGGACCCACCAACAUCCGCAUCCGGUGCCAUUUAGGUCUGAAGACUCCAAGUGGCUGUGAGCUGGUGGUGGGCGGAGAGCCCCAGUGUUGGGCGGAAGGCCGCUGUCUCCUCUUCGACGACUCGUUCCUGCACGCUGCGUUCCACGAAGGUUCUGCGGAGGAUGGUCCCCGGGUGGUUUUCAUGGUGGAUUUGUGGCAUCCAAACGUCGCAGCGGCCGAACGGCAGGCCCUGGAUUUCAUCUUUGCUCCAGGACGAUGAGGACACGGGUGGUGCUGGAGUCGCCGAGAGUAGCCGCGGGUCCGCCCCCGCCCCUGUUUCGAUUCCAUGCUCAGAAACCUGCCUCAACAGAAGGCUCUCAUUUGGGAAUUUUUGUUACGAUCGUGUUGGGUCCCUUUCUCCUCUGGUUGUUGAAAAUGGGAAAUUUUCAGCUUGUAUUUCCUUAGAUUUUUUCCCCUUGCAGUCAUUUGCUUCUGCGAUUCCUUUCUGCCUAAAAGCGCAUUCCUUUGCUCUGUGACCAGAGGCUUGGUGUCCCUGUCAUCUGUGUCACGCUGCUACUUGGUUUUGUCAGUGCUCUGAAAUAGAGGCGCCAAAUGGUUACUUGUCUGAAUGUAAUAACGUAAAUCUUCUUGUCAUCUUAAAAGAAAAAAACAAAAAACAAAAAACUGCAAGCCAGAGAGCUGGAGAACGUGGCCUCUGCCGCUGUCACAGUCACCCAGGGGGCCCUUUAGCUGCCCCAGGGCGGGAGGAGUCUGCGGUCGUUGGCCCCAGCUGUCCCUGGGGGGCUUCACUGGCAGGCGGCCCUGGUCAGGGGCGGGGCAGACUCACCGUCGCUCACCUCGCCCCGAACCCCAUCAGGUCCCUGAUGGGUCUGGAGGCGUUUCUGUAGACGCUGCUCUCCGACAAAGCUGAGGCUGGCGUCUUCCAGGGCCGAGCUGGGGCUCCCUGGCCUCGGCCGCUGAGCGUGCGAUU